CACAUGUCCCUUUAACUGAAACCCGGAAGUGCAGAGCAACCUGACACAUCCAUAUAGGAUCAGCAUGUGCCCCCCACCGCACCGGUAGCCCAGCCAGGGGGGACCAUGGCCUCGGCAAGCUGGGCCCCACCUCGCCUGGAGGACUUCAUACUCACUGACAAGCUGGGGAGCGGGACCUAUGCCACAGUGUACAAGGCUUACAGGAAGCGAAAUGCUCGUGAAGUGGUGGCCAUCAAAUGCGUCAGCAAAAAAAGUCUCAACAAAGCAUCAGUGGAAAACCUUCUGACGGAGAUUGAGAUCUUGAAGACGGUUCAUCACCCACAUAUUCUUGAGUUGAAGGACUUUCAGUGGGACCGGGAUUACAUAUUUAUAAUCACAGAGUACUGUCCUGGCGGAGAUCUGUCUCACUUUAUCAGAACUCGUAGGAUUCUUCCCGAAAAGACGACACAAAUCUUCCUUCAGCAGCUUGCUAGUGCUCUGAAGUGCCUAUAUGAAAAAAACAUUUCUCACCUGGAUCUGAAGCCUCAGAACAUCCUUCUGAGCAGUCUAGAUGGACCUCAUCUGAAGCUGGCAGAUUUUGGUUUUGCUCAGCACAUGACAUCGCAGGAUGAAGCACAAGCGCUAAGAGGGUCUCCCCUGUACAUGGCUCCCGAGAUGGUGUGCCGCAGUCACUAUGACGCCCGGGUCGAUUUGUGGUCUGUCGGGGUUAUUCUGUAUGAGGCACUCUUUGGGAAGGCUCCAUUUGCUUCCAAAUCCUUCUCUGAAUUGGAGGAAAAAAUCCGCAGUGACCGUACAAUAGAGCUACCACCCAGGCCGCGAGUGUCCCUUGAAUGCCGUGACCUGCUGCAGAGACUCUUGAAGAGAGACCCUAAUGAGAGGAUUUCAUUCCCAGACUUCUUUGCUCACCCCUUUGUAGACUUGGAACACAUGGCGUGUGCGGAAUCUCUACAAAAAGCCUUGUCCCUGGUGAUAGAAGCUGUGGAAAAAGAUAGUGCCGGGGAUUUCACCAGCGCCCUGACCCUGUACUGCCGAGCCAUGGACUAUUUCAUCCCUGCCCUGCACUAUGAAACGGAUGUCAGACGAAAACAGGCUUUGAGAUCAAAGGUCACUCAGUACAUCUCUAGGGCAGAGGAGCUGAAGGUCCUGGUGUCCUCUAGUAACAGGACUCUCUUGAUGCAGGGCACAUCAGCACGGGAACUAUUAAAGGAAAUGGCCCAGGACAAGCCACGUCUGUUUGCUGCUCUGGAAGUGGCGUCUGCGGCUGUUGCCAAGGAUGAAGAGGGUAUGGUGCAUGAUGCAUUGGAUCUCUACCAGCAAAGCCUGGGGGAGCUGAUUCUGAUGCUGUCUGCUGAAGCUGCUGGGAGGAGACGAGAGUUAUUACAUGCGGAGAUUCAGACACUAAUGAGAAGGGCAGAGUUUCUAAAAGAGCAGCUAAAGACAUCCCACUGGAAAUCGGAAUCCUUGGAUCAGGAAAUGCUCUCCGAGUCCGUCCGAGGCUCUUGUUCGCUGCAAUGAUCCUCAGCAAUGCGCACACUGGUCUGGUUUUAAAUGUUUCUUGUAACUAAAUUAUGGUGAUUAGAAUAAUUAAAUUAUUUUCCACUGUU